AUGACGUCCUCGAAAGCAGAAAAGGACAAAGCUCCUGACAAUGAUAAUCCACCAAGUCUCCCGCCCAAUGUAUACAUCUUCUCUCCCACCACAGCUGGUACCACCAAAGCCCUGUUGAACGGCAGCAUCUUCACACGAUUAUGUGUGAGCUCUCAAGUGCCGCCAGGACGGCUUGCGUCUGCAUUGAGAAGCGAGAGACAGCGGAAGAUCAACGAGUCAUUUUGUCUUUCCUACAAUAAUGUCAUAUUAAUAUUCGAUGCCCACGCAGACGACAAAGAUUUGCUUGACACACAUCACGAGCAUUUUCGCGACGUUUGCCUGGCGCUCAAGGAUCACGACAUUAGUUUGGACAUUGCUGGCUGCGUGUUUGAUGCUCCAAACGUGGUUCAAGCGGGAUUUCAGCUCGACGAGCUUAGUUCGGGUUCGAUUCUGGUCAUCAACAUACUGAAUGGUAGCAACGAGGAUGAAAGCGACGAGGAAGACGAGGAAGAUUUCGGCGAAAUCGGAGGGACUGAUGGAUUCAAGGUUGACGGAAACUCUGAACUGACGAUGCAGUAA